AUGACCCUCCUCAUCCUCACCGAAACCUCCGCUGGCUAUGCCUUGCUCAAGGCCAAAGACAAGAAACUCCUGAAGCGGGACGACCUCGCUUCCGAACUGAGCAACGUCGAAAAUGUCACCUCCAUGCUCAAGUUGAAGGAGUUCCAGAAAUUCGAUAGCGCUGCGGCAGCACUUGAAGAAGCUGCUGCAAUUGUGGAAGGCAAAGUAACGCCGCAACUCUCAUCACUACUAAACACCUUGAAAGACGAGAAGAAGAUUUCUCUGGCUGUCGCAGAUCCAAAACUGGGAAACGCGAUCGGAAAGAUUCCAGGCUUGGAGAUCAAAGCCGUUGCCGAUUCCACCACCGCCGACCUGUAUCGAGCCAUUCGAGAAUACCUCCCGUCUCUCAUUCCUGGUCUAUUGCCAGACGAUGUCAAGACCAUGAGCCUGGGCCUUUCACAUUCGCUCGCGAGACACAAACUCAAGUUCUCUCCGGACAAGAUUGAUGUCAUGAUUGUGCAAGCAAUUGGUUUGCUGGAUGAUUUGGAUAAAGAGUUGAACACAUAUGCCAUGAGAGUAAAGGAAUGGUAUGGCUGGCACUUUCCGGAGAUGGCAAAGAUCCUGAACGACAACCUCGCAUAUGCCAAAGUGGUAUUGAAGAUGGGCAUGCGGACAAACUGGGAGAACUGUGACCUAGCCGAGAUUCUGCCCGAAGAGAUUGAAGCUGCAGUAAAGGCCGCUGCUGACAGAUCAAUGGGCACGGAAAUCACCGACGAAGACUUGGAGAAUAUACAAAGCUUGGCCGAGCAGGUGGUGCAAUUUACAGAAUACCGCACUCAGCUUGCCAGCUAUCUUUCGGCGAGAAUGACGGCAAUCGCUCCGAAUUUGACAACUCUUGUGGGCGAUCUUGUGGGUGCUCGACUCAUUGCCCAUGCUGGAAGUCUGAUGAACCUCUCCAAAAGCCCGGCGAGUACGAUACAAAUCCUCGGAGCCGAGAAGGCACUGUUCCGCGCGUUGAAGACAAAGCAUGACACUCCAAAAUACGGUCUCAUCUACCAUGCAUCCUUGAUUGGCCAAGCCACAGGCAGAAAUAAGGGCAAGAUGGCCAGAGUGCUUGCCGCCAAAGCCGCACUCGGAUUGAGGGUAGAUGCGCUGCAAGAAUGGGGGGAUGACGAAAUGGACAUUCCUGAGGACGAGAAGGCCGCUCUUGGGUUAUCUGCACGAGCGAACCUUGAGCGCAAACUAGCCGCUAUGGAGGGCAAACCGCUCAAACCUCGAGGAGUCGCCAUUGCCCCCAACGGCGUGUCUACCACACCGCAGCCAAAGAAAUGGGAGAUUAAAGAAGCACGGAAGUACAACCCAGAUGCCGAUGGGUUGGCGGGUGACGAGGCUCCAGCUAAAGAGGAGAAGAAGUCAAAGAAGGAUAAGAAGGGCAAGCAGGAAAAGAAACUCAUUGAAGAUGUUUCAGAGGAUGUGGAUAUGAAAGAAGACGGCGAGUUGGAUAACGACGAAGCCGAGUCACAACCUGACGAACCAAUAAAUGCAGCCGAAGUUGAGGCUACAGUGCCGUCCGCCGUCAACGGGGUGAAUGGCAUAUCGAAAAAGGAAGCCAAGAAAGCUGAAAAAGAACGAAAAGCUGCGGAGAAAGCUGCUCGCAAGGCUGCAAAGAAAGAAAAGAAGGCCGAAGCAGAAAAGGCGGCAACAGCUGGCCACGAGGAUAAGAUUGAAUUACUCGCUGCACAGUGUGGAUUGAGCGUGGAAAGAUACAAGAGAAAGCUGGCAAGGGGCGAAAUCCAGCUCCAAGAGGACGGGACGCCAGUAGCAAUCUCGAAGAAGGAGAUUAAGAAGGCUAAGAAAGCGGCCGAGAAGGCUGCGGCCAAGGAGGCAAACGGGGAGGUUGAGGGGUCCAAGAAGCGGAAACGAGUGGAAGAAGAUGCCGACACCUCGAAGUCAGAAAAGAAAAAGAAGCGGAAAGAGAAGGCAUAA